AUGUCGUCAUCAAAUGCAACUCUUGCUGAGAUUAAUUAUAUUACUUAUGUUAAUCAAGUAAUAAAUCAAUUUUAUUCUUAUUUUUUAAUUUGUUUUGGUACUAUUGGUCAUUUACUUAAUAUUUAUGUAUUUACACGUCCAAUACUUUAUUCAAAUCCAUGUGCACGUUAUUUUUUAGCAGCAACAAUAAGUGGAUUUUUAGUUGCGACAAUAAAUAUUCCAAUGCGUCUUGUUCAAAGUACAUAUCCAAUGUAUAAUCCUUUUGGAUAUUCAACUGCAUCAUGUAAAAUUUUAACAUAUGCUACGGCUUGUGUAAAAGCUUAUCCAAAUUGGUUUAUUGUUUUUGCUUGUGUCGAUCGAUUUCUAUGUAGUUCAACAUCUGUUAAUGUACGACAAUGGAGUAAUCUUCGUAUUGUCAAUCGAAUUAUUCUAUUGAUCAUUAUAAUUAUUGGUCUUUUUUAUCUUUAUAUAUUGAUUGUAUUUGAAAAUAUUCAAACACAUACAAAAUGUCCUUAUACUCAAACAACAUAUCCACUUUUUCAUGGUAUUUGGAAUUUAUUGAUAUUUAGUUUAGGUCCAUCAUUAUUGAUGUUAAUAUUUGGAUUAUUAUCGAUACGAAAUAUUCAAAGAUCACUGCAAAAAGUAGCGGUACAGAAAUCACAGAGUCGUACACAAUCUGAACCUAUGUCACCAUUACAAAAUCAAUUAAAAUCUAAAAAAACAACUGAUCGUCAAUUGAUUCAAAUGAUGUUAAUUCAAUGUUUUUAUUUUAUUUCAACAACAACUCCUUUUUCAGUCGCAAGUAUUUAUACAGCAUUGAGAAUAAAUAUACAGAAAGAUUCUCUUCAGACAGUUAAAGAUAAUAUGUUUACAAUACUUGUUGGUUUAGUAUCUUCUACAAGUGCAUGUACAACAUUCUAUUGUUUUACAUUAUCAAGUCAAUUAUUUCGUCAGCAACUCAAAAAAUUGUUUAACUAUCAUCGAAAAUAA